CAUCACCUCUCCACACCCAUCCGAAAUCGCUCUCCGCCAUCUGUCAAGAUGUUCAAGAGCGGCAUUUCCUCCUGCGCCAGAGCAGCUCGCCCUUCCUUCGCGGCGGCCGCCACCCGACGGACCAUCAAGCCUGCUUCCCUCAGAUUCCCUGCUGCUACGCGGUGGGCUAGCACUGCGGGUGUUGGCGAUGGCAAGAUCUACCAGGUGAUUGGUGCCGUUGUCGACGUCAAGUUCGAUGGCACCAAGCUUCCUCCCAUUCUUAACGCCCUCGAGACCCAAAACAAUAACCAAAAGCUCGUCCUUGAGGUAGCGCAACAUCUCGGCCAGAAUGUCGUCCGCUGCAUUGCCAUGGACGGUACCGAGGGUCUUGUCCGUGGAGCCAAGGCUGUCGACACCGGCGCCCCCAUCACCAUUCCCGUCGGCGCUGAGACUCUGGGUCGUAUCAUGAACGUCACUGGUGACCCCAUUGACGAGCGUGGUCCCAUCAAGUCCAAGCACACCCGGCCCAUCCACGCCGAAGCGCCCGCGUUCACCGACCAGUCUACCUCGGCUGAGAUUCUGGUGACGGGUAUCAAGGUCGUCGACCUUCUCGCUCCCUACGCUCGUGGUGGAAAGAUUGGUCUCUUCGGCGGUGCCGGUGUCGGCAAGACCGUGUUCAUCCAGGAGCUCAUCAACAACAUCGCCAAGGCCCACGGUGGUUACUCCGUCUUCACCGGUGUCGGCGAGCGUACCCGUGAGGGUAACGAUCUGUACCACGAGAUGCAGGAGACCUCCGUCAUUCAGCUUGAUGGCGAGUCCAAGGUCGCCCUCGUCUUCGGUCAGAUGAACGAGCCCCCCGGUGCCCGUGCCCGUGUUGCGCUUACUGGUCUGACCAUUGCGGAGUACUUCCGUGACGAGGAAGGCCAGGAUGUGUUCCUAUGUCUUUGUCGUUGUUGUUGUUGUUGUUGUCUGCGCAGCUUUACUGAUUUACCCUGGUUAGUGCUUCUCUUCAUCGACAACAUUUUCCGGUUCACCCAGGCUGGUUCCGAGGUGUCUGCCCUUCUCGGUCGUAUCCCCUCUGCCGUCGGUUACCAACCCACUCUCGCCGUCGACAUGGGUGGCAUGCAGGAGCGUAUCACCACCACCAAGAAGGGCUCUAUUACCUCGGUCCAGGCCGUCUACGUCCCUGCUGACGAUUUGACUGACCCUGCCCCCGCCACCACCUUCGCCCAUUUGGACGCCACCACUGUGUUGUCUCGUGGUAUUUCCGAGCUGGGUAUCUACCCCGCGGUCGAUCCCCUCGACUCCAAGUCCCGUAUGCUUGACCCUCGUGUCGUCGGUCAGGAGCACUACGACACGGCCACCCGCGUCCAGCAGAUCCUCCAGGAGUACAAGUCGCUCCAGGACAUCAUUGCCAUUCUCGGCAUGGACGAACUUUCGGAAGCCGACAAGCUUACCGUCGAGCGCGCCCGUAAGAUCCAGCGUUUCCUGAGCCAGCCCUUCACUGUCGCCCAAGUCUUCACCGGCAUCGAGGGCACGCUCGUCGACCUCAAGGACACCAUCGGCUCGUUCCAGGCCAUCCUGCGCGGUGAGGGUGACAGCCUUCCCGAGAACGCCUUCUACAUGGUCGGCGAUUUCGCGUCGGCCAAGGAGAAGGGUGAGAAGAUUCUGGCGGAGCUUGGUGGCAGCUCGUAA